AUGUCGUCUACGCUGCCGCGUGCAGCGCCGAUCCAUGCGCUUUCGCUCUACGUCUGCCUGGCCUAUCUCGCCACUGGCGUGGCCGCACAGACGGGCACUCAGACCACCGGAGGGCCUAACACAAGCUUGGCGAUGAUCAUCCUCUACGCCAUCACCGGCUGUGUAUCCGCCUUGUUUUGUGUGGUCAUCGUCUCCGGGGCUAUACGGGCCAUCCGCCACCCUGAGCGGUACGGGCCCCGCACGGGGGAGGCAGGCUUUGACGGAGCCACAGCACAGAGCCGUGCCCGCGGGCUUACCCGCGCGAUCCUCGACACCUUCCCUGUUGUCAAGUUCGGAGUUGACCCUGCCACUGGUGAGGCUCCCCGUCCGAAGGACAUCGAGAACCCGGACGAGGAGUCGUACGAGCUGGAGGUCCAUGCUCAUUCAACGUCCAGCAAGGACGGACACGCGGAGACGCAGACAAUAGAGGUCGUGAGCAGUGCAUUGGCCGAUGGGCGGGGGGCGAGUACAAACGGGGACGAGGCGGAUGGGGAUAAGGAGGAAUUUGAUGUGACCGAUGCUCGGCCGACAGCGGGGCAGAAUGGCGAGGACUCGUUCGGCGCGGGCUCAUCAAAACUGGACGCGGAACCCGUAGUGCGACCGCGCAUGCGCCCAGGUCGCUCGCAGACCGGGCCUCACGGCGAUGCAGGUGGCAACGGCGGCACCGUUGUGAAGGAAGUCGUCCCUGAUGCGAUUGGUACGGAAACAUGCCCGAUAUGCAUCCUCGACUUUGAGGAGGGCGACGACCUGCGUAUUCUUCCCUGCGAGGGGCACCACCGCUUCCACCGUGACUGUGUAGACCAGUGGCUGCUUGAGCUCUCCAGCAGCUGUCCAAUAUGUCGACAAGACUUCCACGCUCUAGAGAUGAUGAUGGCCGGCGAAGACGACCGUCUUGAGCCACCUCGCAUGCCUGCGGCGGCACGCCCGCUCUCAACCGCUGCUGCCCGCUUCUCGCGAUACCUCCGCUCCGCACGGCGGCGACACGACCGCCAUCGCGAAGAUGGGAGCGGUUUCGACAUCACUGACCCACCGAUGCCUCUUGCGCCCGAGGGACGGUAUUGA